AUGUCAGAUGCGAAAGUGGACACCAGCUCCAAGAUCACCACCAAGGAGGAGGAGGAGGAGGAAGAAGUUGUUGAAGAGGCAGAGAAUAGAAGAGAUGUACCUGCCAAUGGGAACACUCAAAAUGAGGAAAAUGGGGAGCAGGAGGCUGACAAUGACGUAGAUGAAGAAGAGGAAGAAGGUGGAGAGGAGGAGGAGGAAGAAGGUGGUGAGGAAGAGGAUGGAGAUGAACAUGAGGAAGCUGAGGCUCCUAUGGGCAAGCAGGUAGCUGAGGAUGAAGAGGAUGAUGAUGUUGACACUAAGAAACAGAAGACUAAGGAGGAUGAGUAG